AUGAUUUUAAUUCUAAUAUUAACUGCUGUUAAUAUAUAUGGAUUGUAAAUUGAAGACUUAGUGACUUAUUUACCUGUAAGAUUAUUAUUUCAUUUUGAAUAGCCAUUUAAUAUGUCAGAUUUUAAUUUUUCGAUCUAUUCAGGCUAUUUAUCGAUAACUGAUAGCAAUCAAUCAUUUCAUUAUGUAUUUGUUUAGAGUUAGCUCAACAAUUUGGAUAAUAAUGUACCACUUGUUUUGUGGUUAAAUGGAGGUCCAGGUAGACUAUAUAAGUAAUAUAAAAGGGUGUUCGUCAAUGAUUGGAUUUCUUUAAGAGAUCGGCCCUUUUGUAUUUUUGAACGACGAUGACGAAACCUUAUCUUAUAAUGAAUACUCUUGGAAUAGAGCAGCACAUUUAUUAUUUUUGGAAAGCCCAAGCGGAGUGGGUUUUUCGCAUAAUCCAUUGAACAUAACAUUCAAUGAUUCAUAAACAGCAGAUCACAACUUAAAAGUUUUAUAGGAAUUUUAUAGCAAUUAUCCAGAAUAUCAGAAGAAUCCAUUAUGGUUGGCAGGUGAAAGCUAUGCAGGAGCAUACAUUCCAUUGCUUGCGUAAAGGAUAAAGAAAUUUAAUGAUUUGGAAGUGGCUGUAAUAAAUUUAUAGGGAAUGAUGAUUGGGAACGGAGUGACAAACUUAACACAUCUUCCAAUAUCAUAAUUAAUAUAUUAGAAGUAACAUUAAUUGUUGCCUCCAACAUUUGAUAUUUCUGCUUGUGAGAAGAAUGUUACAUCUGAAGAUUGUGAAGAUGUGAAUUAUGAUGCUUGGAUAAUAACAAAGAGAAUCAAUCCAUAUGAUAUAUAUGGGUAUUGUUAUUAUGAAGAAAAUGAAUUAGAAGAUGAAGAAGAGUGGAUCUUGCAUAUGAAACAAUUUAUGAUGAUUCACAAUGAUAACAUUGUUAAAGUUACUAAUCAUGAUUUAGGAGUACCAUGUGUUUAAAUAGACAAUAUUGAGAACUAUUUGAAUAACUAGUAAGUUAAACAGUAUCUUCAUGUGGAUGAAAGCAUUCAAUGGUUUCUGUGUUCCAAAUAACAUAACAAAUAAUUUAAAUAUGUUUCUGAUCCUCCUCUUGUUAUGAAAGUGCUACAAGAAUUGUUAAAUUACAAUCUAUACAACAUUCUAUUAUACAAUGGAGAUGCCGAUAGUGUAGUUCCAUGGAUAGAUACAAUGCAAGGUAAAUUGUAAUUUUAAAUGGCGUAUUAGCUUUGUAAAAAUUAUAAGUAACCAUCACUGAAGAAUGGAGACCGUAUUAUGUAAAAAACAACUAACUUGGAGGUUAUACUCAAGGGUAUUCAAACAAGUUGAGAUUUGUCACUGUUAGGGGGGCUGGACACAUGGUGCCAUAAAAUGAUAGGAUAACUGCCUUUUAUUUAUUUAAUCAGACUUUGUUAGGAUAGGCUUUUUGA